AUGGAUGAAGAAAUUCAAGCUAUCGAGAAAAAUGAUACAUGGGUGCUCGCUUCUCUUCUAAAAGGACAUCAAGCUAUUGGAGUCAAAUGGGGGUACAAGACAGAAGAAUGCACAAGUCUUUAUGUCGAUGACAUGAUCUUCACAGGUAAUAACACAUCGAUGAUCAUAGAUUUCAAGUCAUCCAUGAUUAGAGAGUUCGAGAUGACCGACAUCGGAAUCGUGACAUAUUUCUUAGGUAUUAAAGUAAAGCAAAAUGAGAGCAACAUCUUUAUUUCUCAAACAAAUUAUGCGAAGGAGCUGAUGAAGAAAUUUUCCACGGAAGCUUGUGACCCCGUAGAUACACCACUUGAAGCAGGGUUGAAAUUAAAGAAGAAAGGUGAAGGUAAUGAUAUAAAUCUAAUAUAUUACAAAAGUCUUAUUGAAAGUCUCCGCUAUCUCACAUGUACGAGGACCGACAUGACAAUUUCAUAUGGAGUUGGAUUAGUUAGUCAUUUCAUGGAGGAACUAAUGAUGUUACAAUUGAAGGACACAGAAGAAAUUCUCUGUUCUGAUGCAGUUUUUCUUAGGCCAAAUAGAGGAUACAACACUAGUUUAUUGUUGGAUAUGGAGGAGCUACAGUGUACUGAGAAUGGAAAGAGAGGGACCGAGAAAGGGAGGCAGAAAGGAGGAGCACCUGAUCCGGUUAAAAGGUGGGCACACUGGACAGGUUACUCUACUAUUCUAUGA